AUGGAUAAGAAUUGGGAUAUAUUCAAAGACUUCAAGGGUCUAGCUAAGAAGCAAGGCAACUAUUUGAAGUUUAUAGGCGUUCUUCACGAAGACACUGACAAUCCUAAAGGUUUUUUAAUUCGAAAAUCAGGAACAAUCUUAGGAUUGCGUGAUGGGAAGAGAAGAAAGAAGAGAGACCUUUCCAUUCAUGAUGCUACGGGUCCUGAUCCAAGCGAUAUCGAAUUAAUUGAUUCUGAAUUUGAUUCAUUCGAAUUGGAUCAACUCGAAAUUUUUUAA